UCAAAACGCGAAUUGUUAUGAAAAUAGUAGCGAUUCUAAUUUUUCCGAAAUAAUUUUCAAUUAUUUCGCUAUUAGUUUUCACGUUACGUUUUAUUUUUUACAUUUUUAUUUAUUUAUUCAUCGCGAUGUGCUUUUUUAAAGUGGGAGUGGAACGUUAAACGCGAGUUAUGAUUGCAGUUGUUCCUUUUUGUUUUGUUCGCAAAUUUUGUAUUUUGGUUUAAUUUGUAAUGGAAGAAGUGAGGCAGUUGGUGCAAGAGGAAGGCAGGGAGGCGAGGAACCUGGUGGCCUUCCAUGUUGCGGUGGAUACUCCAGCGGCGCUGGGUCGCGCGGCGCGGCGUCCGCCGCGUGCGUCGUGCGGGCCGCGGCGCGGGGCGGGGCGCGCGGGCGCGCGGCGCUCGGCGUCGGCCGGCCGCGACAAGCGCUCCGAGCUGCGCGCGCGCUACUGGGCGCUGCUCUUCGGGGAUCUGCAGCGGGCGAUCGGAGAAAUCUACAACACCGUUGAAGCUCACGAGAAUCAAAACGAGUGCCAAGAAGUAAUUCUAGUUUUGGAAAACUAUACGCGCGAUUUUAAAGCCCUAGGCGAAUGGUUUCGCUUGAAAUGGGAGUACGACAAUACUCCCCCUCCUCAGAGGCCGCAGAGCCUAGCUUGGGAGAUACGGAAGACUGAUUUUGUGCGACCAGAAUCUCGACGAGCUUACUCUGUCAAGAGUUCUCCAUCUGUAUCCGGCAAAAACAGCCCAUGUCUCUCCGGACACAACACUCCAAGUGGCAAAAACAGUCCCGUCACCGGCAAAGCCAGUCCGGGAAGCGGGAAAAUCAGUCCCAGAGUGCCAGCGUAUUCCAGCACUAGCCCAAAAGCCAAUAUUGAGUUUUUCAGCAAUAAAAUUGCUUCAAAAAUCACUACAAAACCAGAGCCAAAAGUUGCUAAAGAGACCAGACUUUCGGAUAUAAAAGAGAAAGAUAUAAAGGAGAAUUGUGAAGACAAUGACAUCGAUAAGGUGAUUGUCAACGAAAACGACGCUGAGACAAAACCUGCAGUUGAGCUUGGCAAAGCUAAGGAAAGUCCAAAUGUCAGCCCGAAACCAGUGGUAAUAAAGUCGCCUAAACAUGACAAGACACAAGCUAAACCCGAUUCGACUCAAGAAAUUUCAAUUCAUGCAAAGGUUAUUAUCGCCAGAUUAGAUGUAAUGGAAACCGAAUUUUUGAAUAAACAGCUGCUCGAGAAUGCCGUGAAGAACGACAAUUUAUUAAAUCAAGAUAAAGAAUCCGAGGAAAUUAUUGAAAAUGAUUCCAAAAUGGAAUCUAAUAAGACUGAUGUAACUUUGAAGCCGUCUGAAGAAAACGACGGUAGCGUUAGUGACUCGCCAGUAAAAUCUGAAGACAAUUUUGCCGAUGUGUCAAAUGAUAGUUCUCCUGGUUCGAAUAACGAAGAAAAAGAACUUACAAUUGCUAACGACAAAACGGAAUCUCUAGAAAAAACUUUAAAGACACCAUCUCCAGAAUCUGGUGAGAUAGACGACAUCAAAGAGAAAGCAAUUCCAGAAAAAAAUAUAAAGGAACCUGAAGCCGUAAAUGACACUAAAGAAUCAGUCCUAACAAAAAAGACUUCAGAACAAACAGAAGAUAAAGAAGAACAAGAUCCCAAAAAAGUAGAACCGAAAAUUGCUAAACCUGCUGAAGUAAAACCAUUAGAAGUUAAAGCCGCCACAAGACCGGCGUAUUCUCAAGCCGCGGCUAAACCUAAAGUGGUUACAGCCAAGCCUGAGGUCAAGCCUCCUAUUCGUACAAACACGCCAAUAGUGCGAAGCAAGACGGUUAUGGAAAUCCCUAAUACGGUUCCGAAGACACGUCAACCAUUUCCUAGGAGAAACCAGACUAGCAAAUGCAGCUAUCCUUUUAACCUGACUACUGGGAGGACAAGCUUAUUUGACACAACGCCUUCAGUCAAAGUUGGCACUAAAAAACCCAUCACACGACCCGGUUCGGGCGAUGCUAAACUUGGACAAAACAAGAUAGAUCCCAAAAAACGUCCGCCAAGACCUUUAACUUUGAAAGUCAAUGAAAAGGGUGAUAAGAAAGACAAACCGAAUCUAACUCUGGAGAAAAUUAAAGAUUGUGAUGAAUAUAGCAGCACGGACACUAUCGUCACUCAAAUCGAUAUGUCUAGAAUCGAGUCUAGUGAAAGUCUGAAGACUCUGGUUCCUGAAGAAGGGUAUAUGAGCCAUGACGGGGCGAAUUCUGUCGAGGUAUUAAACGUUGAUAACAUUAGGAGUGACAAUGAAGAAUGGUUGACUGUGAAGUCUAGGCGGUUGAGUCGUGAAUCGAAGAAGCAAUCCAAAUCGCACUGGGCCAAUCGGUUCCACCAGCCAUCAGCUACAACAAGCCUACCUACACUGAACAUGAUGGAGUCUCCUAAGCAGGAGGCUAAUCCUAUAAUAAAACCAGAUGAACCUAAAUUCGACAGAGCCAAAUCGGAGCAACCUGAAAAGGUAACUAAACCGGUCAAAGUUAAAAUGACUAAGCCUAAAGAGAAGGCUAAAGACCCGGCGAUAAUUCGCCAGAAAUCUGAUGUCACAGGACUCAAAACUCGAUCGGCCAAAAACAAGGUUACUAAGAAAUCCGAACGAGGGAAGGGUGCUUCGAAACUCGAUGGAGAGUUGACUAAGAGUCGACUUCAUUCAUCGCUAGAAAGCCUGACCACUGGUCUGUCAAGAUCACAAGAAAGCACUGAAGACGUAUUCGACUUCGACAAAUGGAAAGAGGAGUUCAAAUCCCGCUUCAACUGUUUUGACGACGACGAUCAAAUUUCGAAUCACAAUGAGAUUUUGAAGUCUGCUGAUCCGUCGGAAAUGUCGGAGAUAGCGGAGAUGACGUCACAGAUCGAGGAGAAUGAGAGGAAGAUGAGCUUAGCACUCGACUUCCAGUCGGACGCUGAUCAGAGGAAGCUCUGUGCUGAGGAAGAUCUCCUCAACAGACAGAUCUUAGAGCUACAACAGGUGUCUGAUAUAGAUAUGGAUACCGAAACUGAUGAUACUGAGACAGACGCAGAAAUCCUCUGCGAAGAGACCAACAUAUCGGUGCCAUCUUGUCCGUCCCCGGAGAACCUGGGCCCGUUGGCUGCCAGUCUAGAGGACCAGUACGAGACCGCUCUAGCCGGGAUGUCCUGGGCCGAGAGGGUCGAUACUCUUGUUGUGCUGGAGGCUUUGGUGGCUAGAGAUCCGGGACGAGCCCAGCAGCUGCACGCGAAGCUGUCGCAGGGAAUAAAACGUCGCGGCAGCUUACAGGACGCUUUGCGAAGAUUGCAAGCGAAGCAAGCGCGGGCGGAGAAGCAGCGUCAAGAGUACCAGACUGAACGAGCCAGGAAGAUACACCAGCUGCUGGCCAGGGUUGAAGAAGUCAAGGUUGCCAAAAACCAACUGAUUGAAGAGAAACGGUUAAGAUUAGACAGAAGGCUUCAGAAGGCCGCUGAAAAUAGAGACCAACAUUUGAAGGAUAUAGUUCGCAAAGCCCACGACGAGGAAGAGAAGCUCCGCGAGAUAGCGUUCAUCAAACAAUUGGAGGCGGAGAACAGACGACACGACUUUCUGGACCAGUGUCGAUCACACACCACGCGGCUGCGGCAAAUGAGACGUGACCGCCUUGAGAAGCUGGAGCAGAAGGCGGCCCGCGAGGCGGCGGUGGGCGCGCGGCGGCGGGCGCUGGAGGCGGCCCGCGGGCUGCGCGUGCAGGCGCUGCUGGAGCGGCGCCGCCUGCGGGACGCGCGCCGGGACCAGCUGUGGGAGCAGCGGCGCCAGCAGCGCGGGGACGCCGCACGGGAGAAGGCGGAAGGCGUGAAGUCCCGCCUGUCAGCGCUGGCGGCGGCGGCCGAGCUGGAGGCGGACGCGCUGCGCGAGCGCAUCCGGGACAAGCAGGACGCCAGCCAGAUGCGGCUCGAGUCGCACCUGCAGGCCAUCAGGGAGAAGGCAACUGGGCCGAGGCAGGCCACAACAUCAGAGAGUCAAGACCAGUCCACGAAAGAGGAGAGGGAGUUACAAGAAGAGGCAGAGAGAGCGGAACAGGAGAGGAAAGAGAGGGAAAAACAGAAGGCUAUCAAAAAGAGAGCAAGGAAAGUCAAGCAGAAGUUGUUGACCACCAGCUGCGACAUUGCUUUCUCCGACGAUAACUUGCCAUUAGAGGCAGUAUUCCCGCCAUCACACAAGAUGUUCAAGGUCAUCCAGCAACUCACCAACAUACUCUCGCCACUCCUCGACACCGAGCCUGGCAGGAAACACGACGACGAAGACGACGUCGACAAAAACAACAAGAAAAACAAAAAUAAAAAUAACAACAAAAUUGUUAACGGAAACGGUGACGUUGCUAACGGUCACAGUGCAAACAAGAAAACCAAAAAGCAGAAAUCUGAAGAGAAAGAAACAAUUGAAGCGGUUAAUGUUAACACAGAGAAUAAUGUCGAGAACAAUAAUAAUAUGAAAACUGAGGUUAUAAUAGAGAGUAAGGAUAUAGAUACUGCGAACGGUGACGUAAAGAACGAAGGAGUUCACAAUAAAAAGAAAAUGAAAAAGAAUAAAAACAAAGAUGAUCACAAUAAGAAUAGUGACAAGCCGAAACUAAGCAAAACCAGUUCAGUUUGUAGUUCACUCAGUGAUAUGAGCAAGACUAGUUGUAAGAGUGACAAGAAAUGUCGGGUGAUCAUAGAUACCGCGUACCUGGACAGGCAGUUGAACGAAUUGCACAGGAUGAUGGAGAAAUUCGAUAAGGGCGCCAGAGACAAGAGCUUGGCGCAGAAGAUGCAUGGCCUCAAGGCGCUGGGGCAGCUGCUGGCGGUGGCCGCCGAGAGGGACGACCUGGCGCCGCAGCUGUCGGCCAAGACCCUGACCACAGCGGUGAUGAUAAUAUCCCGGGUGAUAGCCAACUGCUCGAUGAGCGCCGCCUACUUCGUCACCACCAACAGCUGCGUGCACGCUGUCAAACUGCUUGCCGACCGAUUGGACAAGGACCUCCAGUCGGAGCCGAAGGAGUUGGAAGUGUGCAAGCAGGUGUCGGACUGCCUGUCCAUCGCGCUGGACUCGGUGCUGUGCGCCACGCGCAUGCGCGAGAGCGGCGCCGCGCCCGACGCGCUCGACGGACAGCUGCUCAGUGCGCUACGGGGGCGGGCGCAUGCGCUGCUCAGUUACCUGUGCCUGCUGGGCUGCGUAGCGAAGGCAGAGAAUGCUGGUGAGGCUCGCGAGAGUGUGCACACCCUGCUGACCGUGUCGGCAGACUUAUGCCAUCCUUGCGAAGCUGAUGAGGGUCCUGAGCGAGCAUCAGCAACGCAGUCACUCCGCUGUGCGCUUGGGACGAGCAUAUGCGGCGCUAGAGCUGAAUUCUGCAUGCUGUUCGCAAAGGAUACCGAUAUAGAAGAACAGUGCGGAGACUUCGUACGAGCGGCAAGAACUGCACAUCUGCUUAAAGCCGUUGCUGAGAUGGACUAUCACAUAGUUCAGGAGGCGUUCGGCGAAGGUGGGUGGCCGCUGGAGUUCCGAGCUGCGGUGUCACGGCUGCUGUCUCAACACGCGCCCAACGACAGGGAGUCACCUAGAAAGAACAUGCUGCGUCUAAGCAACCGGCGAUUGGACCAGACCCUGUCAGAGACGAUGGUGCUGGACCUCAUCGUACUCGUUGGCUUCGUCGUCGUCAACAACGCACAACUACAGGAGACGAUCUGCUCGGGCUGGGGCGCCAUCAAGACGCUGUGCACGCUGCCGGCCGCGUGGCUGGUGUGCGCGCCGCACCGGCACGCGCUGCUGCCCGCGCUCAUAGCGCUCGCCGACCACCCGCCCGCCGCCGCCGCGCUCGCCGCCGACCUCAGCACUGCGAUGCUGGAUGAGUAUUUAGAAUCACCAGAAGCUCAAAAAGUUAAAUUGGUUCAAGUUAUCAAACAAGGGAGGGCCAAGCGAUGUACCGGUAAGAAGUAACCAUACCACAAGCAACGGUUGAAAUGUUAUUCACAAGACAAAUACUGAUCUUAACACACAUGUAUACUAUCGUAUUGAUCACUUUGAGAGUCACUUUUGGAAUUGUUCAGAGUGAGAGUGAGUGAGUGAGAUAUAUAGUGGGGGUCAGGUUGUGACUUGGUGAAACCCCCCGAUAGUAAGAUAGUUAGGUACGUGAGAUAGCAUUUUGCCUAUGCCUUUCAGUUGACCUAUUCUUGUAUGGGUCUUCAAUACUUUACCCCACUAUGAUUGCCAAAGAUGAGAUUCAUACUUUUAACUGCCAUCUUUGAUUUCAGAAUUUAAAAAAGAAUAAAGAAUUAAUUACAAAAUAUACCUAUCUCGCUCACACACUCAGGUCGUAACAGAGCUAUACGAAAAGUAACUUUCAUAGUAUAUCUAUACUAGAUUGAAGUUGGAUGAAGUUUUGACCAGAAAAUGUCUUAAUUUCCAUUAUUUUUUUGGUAGGAAUCUGUUAAUACUGUUUCUAUAUAGGUUCGAUUGUCAGUCUGUUCAAGUGUAUUUUGUCUUAGAAAACAUUCUAUACAAUUAAUUUCCUGUUAUUAAACUUGGGGGGGUUAAAAAUGGCACAUAGAAGCAAUUCAUCUAAAAAGCAAUAUAUGCGCACACGUAACGUAACUUUUAUAUGCGCAAAUGUCAAAUUGCUUUUUAAGUGAAUUGCUUCUAUGUUGCCUUUUUAACCCUCCUGUCGAUAUUCAAUAACAAAUACAUUAAUUUGAUUAUUAAUACUUAAUUUUGAUCAAAAUUUCACCACCUUCGUAAUCCGGGACAGACAAGCAGGACUUAUACACUAAUGUUUGUAAGGGUGCGGGCAUUUAUAAGCGGGGCGAUUAGCGGAGCGUUUAUUAUAUUGUCACAGAUUAUAAUCAUUGGUGUUGUGUACAACUUGCUUUCUCUAUGUGUGAUCUGAUCAAUUUCCAAAGGCAUUAUAUAUUAGCCUAUAUAUUUGUGUCUUAUAAAAUAUAAGCUUAUUUUCCUAUUAGUAAUUAAUGCGAAGGAGAAAGAGGAUGGCCGACUACUUGGAUUGUGAAAAAAAAAGGUAGGAGUCAAGUAUAAUUAUUGCAGUGCGAAUAAAGAUCAAACCGCAUUAGUCAGCACCUUAUCGCAUUUUCUUAUACAUACUUACAAUACAAUACAAAAACGCUUUAUUGCUUUUUUUUUGGGACGUGACAUAUUGUAGAUUUUCCGCAGAUGGCAUUAACUACUUGGCCGGAACGCUUUACUGCACAUAUAAACACAACACUAAAAACAAUUACAAAUGUGACAGAAGUACAAACAGAAGUCUAGGCAACCUUAGCGUGAAUAAACUUGCUACAUAUUGGAGUAUACUUCUAUCCUUUUCUGUUACUAAAAACCGCCGUUAGCUAGAGCGAGAGACAGCGACCUCACUCUACCGUAUCGUCGAUUAUGCCGCGUGCUGUCGUUUGUCUCCCUCUAGCAAAAGACGCAUCUGAGUAACAGAAAGUGAUAGAAGUAUAAGAAAGUGCGAUGAAGAGGUUAAAUGUGGUCUGAUCUUAAAACGCUCCGCUUAUACGUAAUCGCACCCUAAGAAUCUCUCAAAUUUUAACACAAAAAAAAAUACAAAAUUUUUCGAGUAUUACAAAAAAACUAGUAACCUAAAUUAAUGUUGUACACCAUAUAAGUAUUUGUCAUAGCUGUUUUUACGGUUGGUGGAAAAAUAAAGAUGGAGUCAUUUUUAUUUUUUCUUCAGCCUUUAUAUUAGACGUCUCAACAUAUAGUUGAUGUGAUGUUGUCGUAUUGUAAAAUGUUAGCGUUCUUUCAUAUCACGAAGGCACUGGGUUUUACUUGUAGGGUGUCGGAAAUUGGGUCGUGUACUAGGUUCAAGAUAAGUUAUGAAAUUCUGAUUACUAAAUAAAGACAGAUCUAAGACUAACGAAAAACAUUUUCUUUUUUCUAUUUAAUUUAUUUAUGAAUUUUAAUCAAGAAAAACGUAAUAAUAAGUCCGACAUUCUAUCACGUUUUUCUAUGACGUCACAUUGUGCUUUUUCAUACAAAUUCCAUAGUCAUUUCGUGUUUAGACGUUUAGUAAAAAGUAACUGAUUUAACUAGUUAGAAACUAGUCUAUUCUUUAUAAUGUUUAAUAAAAUACACAUAUCCCCGUUUUCAAUUUAAUGAAAUAGGGUAAUUGUCUGAUGUCUAGCGUUCUGAAACUCAGCAGGAAAAAGGUACACUUAUAGAAUCCGAAAUUAUUCUGUUGUAUGUUUUUACGUAUUAUUUCCAAUUAGCAAAUUAAUUGCGACCUAUGUCGACGUUUGGAGACAGUAGUUUUUGAACAAUCCUUGUUCAUUUACGGCAGCAUGUACGGAACCCUCGGUGCGCGAGUGCGACUCGCGCUUGACUUGCUUUUUUAUUGCACAGUGAUGCCGGUUCCGGACAAAAAUAGUACCGUCCUUUACUAACGAUAAAUGUAAGAAAGAGACAGUGCUAUUUUUCGAACUGUCCAACUAAAAUUAAAUACAGGGCACAGUUGCUUUUUCAAGCAAAUUUAAAUUCAAAAAUAUGUUUAUUCAGUAGGUAACAUAGUUACACUUGAAUCGUCAAUUUCUAUAUGACGAACGUCUCAUCCGCCUAAAACUACUACCGCCUACAACCGCAAGAAUCAGAGGGGGUGAGAUCGGCACGGCGCCCGAAACGAAUUGGUUACCGUUCUACAUACAUACAUAAACAGCCUAUAUACGUCCCACUGCUGGGCACAGGCCUCCCCUCAAUCAACCGGAGGGGGUAUGGAGCAUAUUCCACCACGCUGCUCCAAUGCGGGUUGGUGGAGGUGUUUUUACGGCUAAUACCAACGGACCAACGGCUUAACGUGCCCUCCGAAGCACGGAAUCAUAUUACUUUUUCGGACAAUCAGGUAUUUCAAGCCUGAAAAGUCCUUACCAAACAAAGGACAGUCUCACAAAGUGAUUUCGACAAUGUCCCCAUCGGGAAUCGAACCCGGACCUCCAGAGCGUGAGCCUAACGCUCUAACCACUAGACCACGGAGGCUGUUCCGUGGUCUAGUGCUGUACCGUUCUACACAUAUUCUUUAUUCUAUGACAUAAGUUAAGCUGGAAAGAUCAGUUUUUGCCAACUACAAGUAAAACUCACCCUUCACGGUAUGAAAGCACUGAACAAAUUGUAAACUUUACUGUCACUAUUUUUCUAUGGAUGUAGAUUGUAAAUUCCUAUCCCUCUGUUGUCCUUCUCUCUCGUUUAUGACUAACGUUACUUUAGCGGUGCUCUCAUUAAUUUUAUACUUUCGGAGUCUGUAGAAAUACUGUUUUGGACUUUCGAAGAAAUGAUUGAAGUGAGUGAAGUGCGAGUGAUUGAUGAAUUUGGAGGGAGCUAUGGUAUAAGAAAACCAGGUUUGCUCAAUCCUAUGACAAGCCGCCAUUGCUAGCCCUUUGAUGACGUAAGUGUUACCAUUAAAUAGAUAUCUCCAACAUUCCAAUUUUAUUAUUUUUAAAAAAUUAAGUAAUUUACAUAUAAACAAUCAUUAAAACUGUAAGUAAAUCUUUUACUGAAAGUUCAAAAUUUCCUUGUAAAGUAAAUUAAAAACAUUGGUCGUGUGUAAUUUUUUUUACGAAAUGGCAACACAGCGUGGGAUUUCAGCUGGGCUAACCUUGAAAUGUUAGCUGUCACUUUUGAGCAUACCUGUUUUUUAUAGAGAAGUGUGCAAGGGUCGAAGCAAAUGGAUUUCCAUAGUCACUGCUUACCCCGGCGUGAGUGUAUGUAUAACUUAAAUUCCUUUUAAAAUCGAACCCCCAUUAUUUUACCAUCGUGUCUGGAAAUCUCGGCCUUAGGACGUUAAUAUAAUAUAAGUAAGUCAUCAUUCUCCUAGCGUUAUCCCGUUUUCCACAGGGUCUCCUUACCUAACCUGAAGACUUGACAGGUCCGGCUUUUUAGAAGCGACUGCCUGUCUGACCUUCCAACCCGCGAAGGGAAAACCAGCCCAAUACAGGUUAGGUCACGUACCUCAGAAAAUGCAUUUCUCGGGAAUGUGGAUUUCCUCACGAUGUUUUCCUUCACCGUUGGGCACGCGGUAAUUAUUUAUGAUCCAAACAUAAAAAGCUUAUUCUAUUUAAUUAACUAAUGCCUUUUAUGUUUACAUGAUAAAGUUUCCUUAUUUUUUGUAUAUAUUUUUCUUUUUGUAAACAUUUCGCUGAUAAUGGCAUGAGAAUUCAGAAAUAAAUGAGUAUAAAAGGCAGUGCCUCUCGCGAUCUAUACUGUUAGAUAGAAAAGAAUUGUUCGACCUAAUAUCGACUGAUACGUCACUAAGCUUAUAAACGUCACAACACUAGCUUACGUACUUUGACAGAUCUAAUUCUUACCGCGCAUUGAGACGAUUAUAAAAUGAUAUCUUAUUGAAAUAUAAUCACUAAUCGUACUGAAUUGGUCGUUCUGUUUAAUAAUACUUAGCAACAAUUUGUACACAAGCAUUGCUUAUCGUGUUUAUUUACUUGUAAAAAAAAGAAAAAAAAAAGAUUUUUUUUGGCCUAGUUACACAAAAAAAAAGAUAUAGAUGUCGGUGCCGAUCAGUGAUGUGGCCAAAAAAAAGGUUAAAAAUAUAUCUAAAAAGAGCUUUAUUACCUAACCACUUCGUAAAUAAGACCAGACUACAAGAAAGAACAAUUUGAAAAAAAAAAGCAGUCAGUGUCCUUACUAUUAAAGAGUUUUUACGGAAACAUUCCCACUGUGGAACGUGGAACGGUGCCGAUGCAGGCAACAACCAAAUUACUUUGACAAGACGUAAACUAGCUGUAUCCCUGUCUUACACUUCUGGUAAGUGCAGGACGGCACUUGUUUAAGACCUGUCAAAUUGUGGGCAUCAUUACUUAUUCUGAAUCCUACUUCGUCUUUUAAUAAAAAAAAUGUGUGCUACUUUUUAAGUUAUAUCAAAUGUACGGUACCUUUCCGUUCCCGUAUACAGUCUAGAAAGAAAGUAUCACGUAUGUUCGGUGUUCCUAGUGGACUGUAGAUGUGAUGGUAAGGGAGCGAGGGUUCUUCUAAUCAAAACACCAAAGGGACUAAAAAGGCCACAUCGAAGCAAUUCCGUCUAAAAAAAGCAAUAUUGCAAUUUGACAUUUCAUCAUAAACUGCCUAUAUACGUCCCACUGCUGGGCACAGGCCUCCCCUCAAUCAACCGGAGGGGGUAUGGAGCAUACUCCACCACGCUGCUCCACUGCGGGUUGGUGGAGGUGUUUUUUACGGCUAAUAGCCGGGACCAACGGCUUAACGUGCCCUCCGAAGCACGGAAUCAUCUUACUUUUUCGGACAAUCAGGUGAUUCAAGCCUGAAAAGUCCUUACCAAACAAAGGACAGUCUCACAAAGUGAUUUCGACAAUGUCCCCAUCGGGAAUCUAACCCGGACCUCCAGAUCGUGAGCCUAACGCUCUAACCACUAGACCACGGAGGCUGUUGACAUUUGCGCAUAUAAAAAUAAGUGCGCAAUGUAAACUGGGCCUUUUUUGACCCCCCCCCCCCCCAUUUUUUCCGAAUCACUAUUUGUACUAGGUUUAAAAUACUACAUUACUUUGGCGGGAAGCGCCAUUCAAUCUCGAUUAUUAUUGCCAUACGCAAAAAUAUUACAAAUUAUUAUUUUAUACCAGUGUUGCCAGCAACAGCGUAGACACUACUUGAAUCUCCAGUAGACGUUAAAAGCUAUGAUGAUGAUGUGUUUCUACGGACUCCUUUCAUUAACUCACUUCAUUUUCAUAAAAAAAGUUUUUAAAAAGUACAUGUAUAAAACUUAGUAAUUAUCGUAUUUAGACUUUAAAAAUUGUAAUUGACUGACAAGUUUCCAAGUGUGGGUAUAAGUUGAUACUAAUGUAGUGACCUUAGUGUCUUUUGAUUUUUAUUGGAGCGGCGCAAAUUGUGGGUGUGAUCAGUGUGCCUUGGGCGCCUUAACGUACUAAAGGGACUUAUUAUGUAAGAGUGGUUCUUGAGACAUAUGAUGGUGUGUGCCAUUUCGCAUGUAAUACCUGAUUUAGACUAUCUGCUCUCCUGACGACCGGAUUACUCUAGAGUACUAUGGUGCCAGAGAGGCGGCCAAUCAGCUCGCUAUAACAACACUUCAGAGCCCCGAAACCGACUCCGUAUAAUCUUCUCAGACCACGCCCUGAGCCGAGAUUCGCGCCAAACGGGACAUCUUCAGACGUGUUGGCUGGCCAAAUACUUAAUGCCACUUGCGGCAAAUAUACAAAAAACUUUCUUCAAUUUUUUUUUUGACUUAGCUUAUGGUAGAUUUGCCGCAGAUGGCGUUAACUACUUGGCCGGACAAAUGGGGAGCGCUGGUGGCUCUCACCCGGUACAACGUUUAAGACAACAGGCCUGAGGGUGCCCAGUUGGGCGCGAACUUCGGCCCAGGGUGGACUGAGAGGACUUCAAAAAGUACUAGCCAAAAUGAAACGAAUGAAAACAGUGCAUUUUUAGUGCUACGUUUUAUAGAAGAAUGGUUUUAUAAUCAAUAAAGUACUUCCUCCAAUAAAAAUCUCAUUCUUACCGCGUGCUGCCUAAGUGCAAGCGAGACACAGUCCGCGCGCUAUCUCCCUUACUCCAUAGCAGCUUACGGCCAUUUGAGAUUAAAGUAAGACCCAGAGGGGGUGAGCUCUGCGCCUGGUACAAAUUGGUGCGGGAAGUUACCGUUUUGUAAGCAAUAUUAUUCUUUAUUCUAUGACAUAAGAUCAGAUGUAACGAUAAGAAAUAGCCUAAAAGACGAUAAAUACUACCUUGUGGUACUACGUUGAGAAUCUGGAUUUUUAUUUAUUUAAAUAAGUUUCACCGAAAAUAAAUCAACUUAAAAAAUAAAGAGAAAUCACACACCAUUAUAAUACUCAAGUACCGUUAGAAACUGAAGCCUACAUUCGCGUUAGAAAUGAAAGGAAAUAGUCGUUUACAAAUUGUUAACUAGAUGGCGCCACUACCCAGACUGAAACAGCGAAUUGAAAGUUGCCGAAUUUAUCCGCUAGGGUUAUUUUGUAUGUCUUUAUGGCGCCACCUGCAAUGGUUAUUUCUUUUUAUUCUUAACGCAUUUUCGAGUUUACAUUAGGAUAUUCAACCAUUAUUCCCAUGCGAUAAUAACAUAAACGAUCUUAUGUAAGUACUUAAAAUAGAUAAUUUUUUUAUGCUGUUUUAUAAUUUACAAAAUUAAAUAUAGUAUGUACUUACUGCUUAAUAUUGACUGUAGUAGUUGGGGAUAUUUUAUUUGCUUACGUUUCAAAAUCGAGGAAAUAAUUCCUUAAAAAAUAAACUGUUUCAAAAAUAGAAGCUAUUGUUUUUUUUUGUGUAGUGCAGCUGAAAGAAGGCUACAUAAGCUAUCCUAAUGUAAACUUUAGUUUUUGGAACGCUGUGAUAUAUGAGGGGUGUAGAUAAGAAUUGGUCGAUUAACCUUUUUAUAUAUGUAUAACUUAACAAUUAAAUUAACAAGUAACUUUACUAGUUAUUGUAAACGUUUGUGGGAUUAUUUGAUGGUAACUCCAGAUUUGAAAUGUCAAAUAAUUUAUUUAUGGCGCAACUUAAUAAUUAACUAUGGCGCUGAAUCCAGCAGAAACUUGAUAUUAUUUUAAGCUAUACCUGUCAUGCUCUUAUACGUUUGGCGAAAUAGCAUAGUCUGAUGGCCUAAAAUAUAACAGCCAAUCAUAUUUCGCGAUUGUGAUUAUCGAAGUAUUAUGACUGGUGUAUUAAUAACCUUAUUCAUAUUUAUAAAAAAAAAGAUUUUUCAUCAACCAUUUUGUUAGAUAGCCGCUUUAGAAAGUCUUUGGAAAAAUAGAUGUAAAUUCAGAAUUCAUUACAGUUCAUUAGACACAUGGCUGUACGGCUUUGCCUUUGCCUUUCCCCAAUGGGACAAAUAAAAAUAAAACAUUAGACACCAAAAUGGACGUUUCUAUAAAGCGAUAGAAAUCUAGGGCUACCUUCAAAUCCUCGGUCAGUCAAAGAUUGGCUCUAACAACUUUCCAACCGUACUUUUAGUUUUGUGAUAAAUUACUAUCAUGUACUAAACCUGUGAUUUUUUUAUUCUACACUAAAAAAAAAAAUGUUUAUUUUUUGCCUAGUUUAGCGUUGUCGACGUUUAUCUGUGAUUUGGUUAGUUUAUUGUGACUUGGCGUGUAUCUUGAGUAUUUUUGUGUAAGCAGCAAAUUAAAUAUUUGUGUAACAAUA